AGGAGUUCCGCCCCCUGCUCUCCCCCCGGUGGCUCUGCCUCUCCCGCUGAUUCGAUGAGAGCGGCUGUGGAUCUGGCGGCGGCCCCAGGCCUCGGGGCCUCGGAGAGCCGGUACCGGCCUCCCCGCUGGAGGAAAGUCCUGUACGAGCGGCAGCCUUUUCCGGAUAACUUCGUGGAUGGGAGUUUCCUGGAGGAACUGCGGAAAAAUAUUUACGUGAGGCAGUACCAGUUUUGGACAGUGGUGCGUGAAUCUACUGUUGUUACCCAGCAGUUGUCCAGCGUGUGUGUGUUUGUCAUCCUGUGGUGGUACAUGGACCAGAACCAUCUCUCUCCUCACCAGCUCUUCACGUACGGCCUCAUCAUCUCUCUCUUUGGCUACCUCGUAUUUGACGCCAUCGACUCGGGGGAGGGGCGGAAUCACUGUGGCCAAACACGGUGGGCUGACCUAAAGAGCACUGUGGUCUUUGUGGCGUUCACAUAUGGAUUCUCCCCAGUUCUGAAGACACUGACAGAGUCCAUCAGUACCGAUACAAUCUACGCCAUGUCUGUCUUCAUGCUGUUGGGUCACCUGAUAUUCUUUGACUAUGGAGCCACUGCAGCCAUCGUCUCGAGCACACUGUCGUUGAACAUGGCCAUCUUCGCCUCGGUGUGCCUGGCCUCACGACUCCCCAGCUCGCUCCAUGCCUUUGUCACCGUCACUCUGGCCAUCGAGGUCUUUGCCCUCUGGCCCAUGUUCCAGAAGAAGCUGAAGGCGAUCACUCCUCACUGCUACCUUGGCGUGACUGUGGUCUUCACACUUGCUGCUGUGCUGGGUGUGCUGACAGUUUCCCUCACUGGGGCUGUACUCUUUGUUCUGCUGCUGUUGGCAGUCGCCUUCCUGUGUCCGCACUACCUCAUCAAACUACAGUCCUCGAAAGACAACAUCCACGGCCCCUGGGACGAGGCGGAGAUCAAGGAAGAUCUGUCCAGGUUUCUGGGGUGAUGGGCCUGCCGGCAGCAGGGUGGGGGCAGGAAUCCCCUGGCAUCGACGCCUGGCAGUGCCUUCUUCAUUCACAUUCCCGUCCAACUGUGAGAAUCUUCUGGGAGGCCGUGAUACGUGGAUGGUGUGAUUUCCUGUGACAGCACAACGAGGAGCUGCAAUGAGGAUGAGGACAGCGAGGGAGCUACUGAUGUCAAGCUGCCAUCCUUAAGGGCUGGACCCCAGAAUGGCCUCCGCUGCAACCUGUGUCUCUGCCAACAAGCUGCCAAUACCAGCACCAAAUCCUCCAAUAGCUCUCCCCUCUUGGCUCAGACUUGUGUCCCUUGGGGGCCAGCACCUCACCCCCUUGGAUUGGCAUCUCCUAAUGCCAGCUACCUAUUCUAAUACUGGGGGCAUUGCCUAUCAGCCCCCAACACCCAGGCGGAACUGGAUUGGAUGCAAGGAUCCUCCUCCUCCCCCCCCCGCACCCCACCCCCACGGUUGGAUUUAUCCACCCUUUCUGAAAGCCGGGAGGGGCUCGGGCACAUUGCAGUGCCUCGGUCUGCCCUGCUCAACAUUGGGUGACCACCGGCACUGGAAGCCCAGCCGCUCUGCCUUGGUACGGCACCUGGACCCUUCCUGCUCUGGUCAACGGAAGGCUGGAGCAGCAGGUCACAAUCACAGUAUCUACCCAGCCUUCCCAAGGAUGUGAAGUGCUUAAAAACCAGAGUCUCCCGGUGACUCACAUUGACUCUACAGCACAGAAACAGGCCCCACGGGGU